GCUGCAAUUCGGCACGAUCCGGCGUCGAUCACUGGGUCAUAACAACCGCAUGAAACUAUCACCCUCUCGUCGAAAAGAGAAAUUUGAAGGACGAAAGACGAGAAGCCAAUUGGGAGAAAUUGAACAGCGCCUCGGAGCUUCUUGGACGCUGAACUCCCUCUCCCGGGAACGGGACGGGCCGGGCGAUGUGCAAAGCGGGCUUCUCCCGCUAAUUCGAACUCCUCUGGCAACGACGGAUCACUGCAUGAAAUUCGACGGGACAGGACGGAUUCUGCCCUUCUGGGUCUUGGAGCUAGAAUAAUACAACUGGAGCUGAAGAUGUUAUUUCAUUUUCUUCCAUUUAGCUUCAAGAAGUUGAAGAUUCUUGAUUGAGAGGGACCAAGUAAUGUAGCACAAAGUACGGGAGCAAUGGGAUGCUAAAGAACGUGGGACACGGGAUUAACCCCAAAGUUAAGAUGCUUAUGGUCUUCUGAUUAAGCUCCCCUCUAAUGUUGGGGACCUAUACUCGGAGCAGGAUCAGCAGUGAGGAAUCUGAGGAAAGCUGUCUGUCGUACAGGGUCUUACUGGAUCAGAUAAAUUGCAGGCGACGGGAAACGGAUUUUGGAAUGUCUAGCGCUGCCAAUGCCUCGGCUUCCGCCUUUUGAGGCGAACGAUGAUGAGGUCGUCCCAUCGUUUCGUGGGAUUCGACGGACCGGCUGUCCCUUCUCCCUACUCUGUCAGCAAGACACAAAUUAGAAAGUGUCAAUUUCGUAUGCUAACGAAUGAGUCCGCAUGAAAAUCAUAUAUUUAGUCUUUGAAGACCGAGUUCACUCAUGGCCAUUGCAUCCAAAGCUGCAUGUCUUGAUGACCUGUCACCACUAUCUCUCCUCAGAAGAUUCUUCGGCUUAUGAGUUAACCUGCUUUCAGUUCAAUCGACAGCGGUAACGGUGUGGUGUUGCACAGCAUCUCAGCAGAGAAAGCAGGAAAGUCUGUACUCUCGUGAAGGAGAAAUGAGAAUCCUACUUCCAAUCUUCGUUGGUAAUUGACAUGGGUGUGGAAAAAUGAAGUUUUGAGUAGCCCAAUCGUUUCUCGCCUGUUGGAUCGUGAUAGUGAGUAAGGAAAGGAGGGUUCAGCAGGUCGAAGAGAAGCCUAAGGUGAAUCAGAGCUCACACCUUGAAAGGUCGUAUUUACUCCAAAUACAGCUCUCGACCUCCAUAAUCUAUGGCAGGGAAAACAUGUCGAUAUAUUAUGAGAUAACGAGUACACUCAGUACCUGUAAAAUCUCAUCCCUCGACAUAAGGAGUGACUGACUAAAAUCUCACUGUAGUCACUACUGUGAGAUUUUAGACUACAGUGUAGUCUAUAACUGAUCUGUAUUUAGUUAGCCUAGAGCAUUUGAAAACCAUAUCCACUUAUGAGGAGCCAUCGACAAGUUUAUACCUUGUCAUCGAUUUCAUAAACACUUCUUUUGUUAUACUUUCACACCGAUAAGA